AUGGUGAUUUACUGCGACAGCGAGGGGGGCAGGCCUGAACAGGGCAGCAGUAGGGAGGAGGAGGAGGUGCUUCUUAUCUGCGGGCGGCCAGAGGCUUAUCUCGGAGGUGUAGCGCCUCCGAACACGGGGAACACCCUCCAAGUGCCUUUAUCGCGCAUUUUCCACCGCCACGCCGUGCGCCUUGUCCUCCCAUACGCCCCUGGCCCCCCCACACCGUCCUGUCCCAUCAUCCUUACACCAAGCAGCCAACGGGACGAGGACCGGGACCGGGACCGGACCGGACGCCUCUCUUACCUGGGACUCACUUCUUCUUCUUCCACAUGCGCCGCGCACCCUCUCGCGAAAGAGAGAGAGAGCAGAAACAAAAACAAAACUUCGGAGGACUCGUCGGCGUGGGUUGAAGAUGAUGAUGAUGAUGAUGAUGAUGACGAGCCGGCGGGCAGGAGAAGAAGCAAAGUGGCCGGGGAGUUCAGUUCGGGCUGUCUUCUGAUCCCGGGCGUAAAGUCACCAUCUCUGGACUUUUGGUGUAAACUCCCUCUGGUUGCGCUGCGCCGAGGAGGAGAAGAAGAAGAGUGCGGUGUCAAGGAGAGUUUCUGCGUCGCUGUCAGGAGUGACGCUCCGCCCCGGGAGCUGCCAGCGUUUCCCGACUACAAAACAGACGAAGAGGAAAACUUCAAGCAACAUCCGCUAGUUUUCUUCGACCUGGAGACUACAGGCCUGGGUCAACACUGCGAGAUCAUCCAACUGGCCGCAGUAAGCGGCGGCCACUCGCUCAACCUGUACGUCGUCCCCCGCUGUCGCAUUGAGCGAGGAGCGGCCAGAGUCACGGGCUUCAAGGUCCGCGGACAGAGACUCUACCUAGAUCGUCGCCUCGUCUUCACCAACACUCUCAGAGAGGUCGUGGUCUCCUUCAUCGCUUUUCUUCGAAUGCUCGGUCGACCCCUUGUUGUCGGCCAUAACAUCCGAAACUUCGACUGCCCCCUGCUGGCUCGGGCUCUCGACGAGCUGGACCUGAGAGCGCAGUUUGAGGGUUCCGUUUCGGGUUGCGUGGACACUCUUCCUCUGGCUCGGGAGCUGCUGAGGGACCGUGGCCUGCAGAGCUUUGGCCAGGAGAACCUUGUCAGGGAACUGCUGGGGAUAAACUACAAGGCCCAUGAUGCUUUGGAGGACGUGAGAGCAUUAAAGACUCUCUAUGGCUUCCUUCAGCCGACAACAGAAGUUGUCCGCAGGCAUAUGUUUACUUUGGGUACUAUGGACAGCAGACCAACUGUACCAUGGAACAAAAGGACAAAAAGGACGUCGCCGUCUGCUGGAGAAUUUCAGACAAACGGGGAAAGUAAAGAAACGACAUAACGGAGAAGCCGAUACACGUCAACAUACAAACAUAUAAAACUUAGACAAAACAUAGGUGAUCUGAAACGCUAACUGAAAGUGGGACAGUUUUCAUGAAUAGUGUAAUUGUUGAAUAGAUUCCCUCACAUCCGGUUGUUUUUCUUUGAAAUCUGACACCUAAAUGGGUCACACUUUGACGUUCAGUCAGCAGCUCGUGCAGAAUCAGCAUUAUCUACCUGACGUUUUACUGUUUUAUUUGUGAUGAGAAGUUUUUCUUAAACUUAGAUAAAAUAAACCUGAAGUACAGGAGAGAA